AUGCUAGUUGAUGAUAUGGGCGGACAUGGACGUGCUUUAGAAGUAUUACAAAAUUCACUACAUAACAGAGAUAUGGACAAUUGUAAUUUUUUGGAUUUGAUGAAUAAUAUACGUACACAGCUAAAGGAUCGUUACAUUACUGAGGUUGAGACUUCAACUAUAUUCAAGAAACACAGCACAUGGAAAAUGCCUCACUCCCCACAGGAUUGCAGUAUUAGCAACACUUUGAAUAUUUUGUUGCACGUAUUUGAGUUUCUCAAGUCUGAAAUAUUUGAUAGCAAUAAAUGGAUUUUAUUAAGAGAGCUUUAUAAUGGUGCAAGACAUUCAUUUGGUGAUGCUGGGUUAAAAAUUAGUGAAUAUUACAAAUAUUGCAUAAUAAAUGCACCUAAUGCACAAACUGAUGAUUUUGUUUGUGGGAUACGUACCAAUAAAGAUAAAACAGAUGAGUAUGUGAGUGAGGUUCAUCAAUGUAACUUGUUGAAGAAACGUUCAGUUAACCAAAAAAUAUAUAUGGAAGAACAUGAAAAUACAGCAGCAGAUGAUGACAUAUUAUAUUGUAAACGCCCAUUUAAAGAUUUAGAUGAUUGUGAAUCCAGAACAAAAAUCCCUCGAAUGUUACUUGAACAGUUUCAGUUAAGGUAG